UCAUGCAUAACUACUUAUACAAGCAAAGGUAAGUAUGUAUGUAUUAAGCUUUAGAUAUAUAGAAAAAGUUGAUUAAAAGAGUUGCAGGUACAACCUACGUGGCAAGAAGAAUCUUGAGUUGUUGGCUUUCUAGAAUAUUGCAUUUGAAAUGUUGAACCUGAUGACGCGUACAUAGCAAAUCCAAAAAAAAAUAACUGUUCUUACGUAUUUCUCCAAAAUGCAUAUGCAGCCGAUUGUCUAUUUCAAACUAAGCGACCACAUUCACCGGCUAACCUAACUGAAAUACUGACUUCGAUGUAAAAAAAAAAAUCCUUUGCAACUCAAUCACACCAAAUCUGUUUUUAUUUGUCUUCUUUUAGUUUUAUCCCACACAAAUCACUUGCAAGUUCUAAAAGCAAAUAGUAAUAUUGUCACAAAAUGUCGGCAGAGGAGCAAAUUCCUGUUGUAGCCACCGAUGGCGUCAAAGUCACAGAAGCAAGUGAAUCGUCGGUUGUAGCGGAUGCUGCCAUUACCACAGAUUUAAUUGUCGAGCAGGAGCGCGCCGAAAAAAUUCUCAACGCCAAGGAGUUGUACAGUCAUGGUUCGCGUAAUUUUCUUGUAAAGAGCUAUGUUGAGGCAGCAGAUGAGCUGAGUCAAGUUUGCGCCUUGUAUGAAGAAUUGUACGGCGAGCAGUCAGAUGAAUUGGGCAUGCCAUACUUGCUCUAUGCCAAAUCAUUGAUUGCCUUGGCUUUGGAUGAAAACAAAGUCAUCGAUGUGCCCGACGAAGAAGAACUCGAGGAUGAUGACGAAGAAGAUGGCGUUGAGGGUGAUGACGAUGAAGCAGCAGCGGAAGGCAGUAAUGGUGCGGUGGCAGCAAGUUCAAAUGGUGCAACAGCAAAAGUCAAGCUGGAUGACAACAAAGAGAAUGAUGAUGAGGCAGACUCAACGGGCGGUGAGAUAGUGAAGCCUGCUGAAGCGAAAAAAUCGCCUGCUGUUGAAAAGCCUGUCGAAGAUGGGCAAGUUAGUAGCACUGAUGAUGUUAAUGGUGGUGCUGCUGAUGUGGAGCAGAAGGGAAAGCAGAAGGAGGAGAAAACCUCAAAUGGCGCAGCCAAUGGCAAGUCGGCCACCCGAGUUGUUGCCGCACCUGUUCUGGAUGGCGAAAAGCCAAGCACUUCGAAUGGCGAUGCAGAUGCUGGCGAAGAGGACGAUGAGGAAGAGAAUGAAGCGGCUUCGAAUCUGCAAUUGGCCUGGGAAAUCCUUGAGUUGGCUGCCAAAAUAUUCAUACGCCAAGGUACAAGCGGUCUACCCAACCUUGCUGAGGUGCAAACGGAGUUAGCUAAUAUCGAAUUUGAGAACAACUUGCCCGAGGCGGCACGUGAGGAUUACGUGAAGGCACUAAAAAUUUACAGUGAAUUGCCUACAAAUUAUCGUCGCGCGAUGGCAGAAAUACACUACAAAAUUGGUCUUACAUAUCUGAUGCAGCAGCUGAAUAAAGAAGGUGCUGAAUCGCUAAAGGAUGCCUGCACUUUGAUUGAUGCCGAAAUAAAAGAGCUAGAAGCUAACGAGGAGGAGCUCAGCGAAAAGCAGAAGAACAACAUACAAGAUAUGGAGGAGACAAAACAAGAAAUUUGGGCUAAAAUCGCCGAAAUUGAAGACACACAAGCGCAGAACAUAGCUGAGGUGCGCGCUGCAUUGGACAGUUACAUUAAACCCAUCAACUCGGAGCAAAAGGAUGCCGCUGGACCCUCGUCUUCGUCAUCGACGUCGGCAGCGGGCGCAUCUUCCUCCAGUUCAGCAGCUAAGCCUACAGACAUUUCACAUUUGAUUAAGCGCAAGAAGCCCGAUGAGCAGAGUUCGGAAGCUGAAGCGGCGGCAUCACCAGCCAAACGGCCAGCUGUUUAAUUCCUUCGCGCCGCUUGAACUUCUUUCGUAUUUUUGUUUGUAUCUUUUGAUUAGCGAGCGCAAGCUUUAGUGUAUGUAAAUUGCUGCUGCAUUCCGUUCAUAUUUAUUAAUUCAGUUACAUAUGCAAACAAAAGUGUAGGGGGAAACAAAAAACUAACAAAUAAUAAAACAAAAUUUAAGGAAAAAAAACGGCGUAUGCUGCAAGUGUCAAAAUCGAUUUUGUUCGCAAAAAUUCCUUCAUACGGUCAAACAAAAAAUACUUUUUUUUUGCUUGCUUAAGCCUUUUGUGUCGGUGCAUUGUUUGGUAGUUUUAAAUUGAUGCAGCAGUUUUAUCGGUCUUUCCACUUUUUAAUGCAUAUUUGAGUAGCCAAAGUGAAUAAUUUUGUCUUUCAUUUCUCCAUCUAUUCUCAACUGGCUGCCGCACUUUCUGUCCUUGUAUUGUAAUUUAACCGUACAACUACAUACAUACACAUGUACCUACACACAGAGUUUUCAAAUUAUUUUUGCAGCUGCACUAUUUUUUGUCGGCAUGACUUGCAGUCAAAAAUUGAAUUGCCUUUUUAUACUUCUCUAAAAUUUUCUUUGAAUUUAAAUUUUAAUUUUCUACUGCCAGUAGCGAUUUUUUGUUUAUAUUCUCUUAAUAGCAACUAGUUGUAAGCGUAUGCAUUAAUAAUAUAUAUUUAUACAUAUAUCUACGUACAUAACUUAUUAAUAAUAGUUCAUGCUAAUGUUUGUAUUGUUUUUUUUUUUUUACUUAAAAGUUCGAUUUGAAAAUAUCUCUGUACCGCUGCUCUACAAAAAAUGAGCUGUAGUUUUAAGUUGGACAAUACAAACUUUUAAAUUUAUAUUCAAAAUGAA